UGGCGCGCGGCCCUCGCUUUGCGGUGUGGGAGAGAGCUACCCGAUCAGGGGAGGACAAGUCUGCCGUAUCCUUGCAGUGUAUAACUUCAACUUUUGGCCAGGUAGUUGAGAAACGAACUACCAAAAAAAAAAAAAAAAAAGAAAUUAAAAACUGACAGUUGACUGAAAUAAAACAAAAAAUGUUCACACUAAAAUCGUGUCUCGUGUAAGAAUGCAAGUAACUCUGUUGUAACAAUGUAAUGUGCUCACAGAUUGGCAAGUGAUAAUAAUAGUUGGUGGAUUAUUAUUUCGAAUGUUGCAAUAUUGUUGUUAAUUAAUACUGGAUUACUUUCAUUCAUUGGAUAUAUGUGUGGAUUAGAUCAUUUCGAUACAAUUCAGUGUGAAGACGUCAAGACUAAAGAGAGGCCAACAUUGACGUCCACUUUUGUAACCGUUUCGUCUCUACCACUGGAAACCAGCAAGUUGGCCUAGACUGAAAAGACAACCCAGAAAGGAAAGAAAGAAAAAGGAGGAGAUAAUCCAUACAGUGGGGGCAAAUAGAAUGAAAAAGUGAAAGCUAAAAAUAAAAGAAAGAAAACUUGGAAAGAAAUAAUAAAAAAAAAAAAGGGGUUUUAUUUCCACGUCUGUACCGGUGUGACUGUUUAAUGAAGCUAGACCUAGCGGCAAGGGGAAGUCACUACCUAUUAAAUACCGUUUUGCUUUCGGAUCAUUUGCUCCCCUAUUCACUCGGAGUGUUGCCGGUGUUUUGACCAAUGCUACGGAAUCUAAGCGUCGGACGUUGAUGUGUCGACGAGUGUCUGUUGAGGGAUUCUAUGAUUCCACGCGGUGUGUCUAGCGGAUUGAAUAACCUGGGGUUUUAUUUUUUUGCUUCAGUCACAAUAACGUUGUUUUCUUUUCUGGCACAGUGAUAUUUCUGGAGAGUGCUGUGUUCAACUCGCCCUAAGCAAAGUGGUUUUUUGUUUGUUUGUUUUUUGAGAGAGGAAUCAUUUUCUUUUGGAUUUAGAAUCUAGCAGUGAAACAGAGAGAGGGAAAAAAGUAUAUUCGAUGUUCACUAUGGGAUUAUGGAAGCAGCAUGUCCUGCCACAUCCAGUGUGGCGAUCUUCUCGUCCUUGGCGGUGAUUGCUUGUGUGCUCGCGGGGUGGUGGGGGCGUUCAUUAUGGAGUAUACCAGCCCUGGUGGAAUAGCUGUAGCCAAAUUUUUAGCUGCCGUGACUUCGCUUGUCAUCCUGGGCGUCGCGGUACUGGUGCCGCCCACAAAGGGCCAGCACCACGACGUGCGCCACGGCAGACAUUAUAACAGACACAGGAUCCAUGAUUUGGACUAUGAAGACUCUACAGUGGUCAUGCCGCCACAGUUUCUCAACGUCAAACACAAUGUUACAGUAAUAGAGGGAGACAUGGCCACCUUACCUUGCGCUGUGCGGAACCUGGGUACCAAACAGAUUGCCUGGAGAAAAGUUGGUGAUAAUCACAUCCUAACAGUUGGUUCAUUUACAUGGGUCAGAGAAAAUAACAUACAGGUGGACAAUAAAUUUGAGGAUGGCCAGGUGUCCCGAUGGAACCUCCUCAUUAAGGCUGUGAAGAAGGAGGACGAAGGGACCUACCAGUGCCAGAUCACAGACAAGACUCCUUUAAGGAUACACAUCUACCUGACUGUCAAACCCCGACCUCCAGUGAAUAAAUCAGGUAGGAAAUUUGUAGCGCCACGGCUAACAGAACCCCAACUUCCAUCCUCAGUUUUUAAUCUGACGGGCACGGAAUUCGUGGACCGUAACGACCCCAUUCUGUUAGAGUGCAAGGCCACCGGCGCCACCCUUGCACCGGAGAAAGUCGAUUGGUUCAAAGAUGGACUCAAACUGGACACAAACAACAGAGACCAUCCCAGAAUCCAGUUGGAAGAGUACACUUCCUUGCAGGAAGAACGCACGUUGAUUAGCAAACUUCGUAUAGAACAUGCUGACAUCAACGACAGUGGUUUGUACAUAUGUAGGAUCUCAGUCUCUGAGGUAGCAUCUAUCAAGGUGACAGUGUUAGUAGCGGACACAACCAAUGUAAAAAGAGGUACAGGUGCCCACGAGGAAGAGGCCGGGUUGAAUGGUCAUUCAGCGGCUACCCAACACACUUCCGUCGUGCUGACGUUGUCGUUCUUCUGUCUACUGCACAUCCUGUUGUGACAGUGUCAUCCUAGUGUUGCUGACACCAACCACACCGCACUGCCCAUCCGUGAUCAUGGGACACCCCUUUCACUAAACAUGCAGGAGACUGCGUAUGUCUUCGUGAGUUCUUAAUGAGAUGUUUUUCUAUGUUUGGACAUUCUGUGGCACAGGUCAGUAGAAGCUCAUUGCAAGACAAGUCUACACUUGAAGCCGUCAAGAUUUUUGCUAGGUCCAACUUCGGCGUCAACUUGGAAAACGAGAACGUUAUUUGUGGGGCUUUUGACUAAUGCCAGCAGUGAUAAAACUUCUACAGAAAGUGCAACACUUCUCCAGAUUAAACGCAAUUCUUCUUAGACCCCAAAAGACAUCGUUUCGGGAAUAUCCGGGUCACUUGUGUGCAACACUUUAGAGCUGUGCCCGAUCAGUAGGAUUAGCGUCAAAGCAUUUACUGAUUUACGAAACUGUACAUUAUCCAAGUAACUAAAAGUGAAUAGUGUAUGGUCAUAUAUACGUCUAAAUUCGUUAUAUGAUUAUAUUUAAUCUUUCUAUGAUUAUACUUAUGUCUAACUUCGUUCCGUUUUAUAUUUAUUUAUAUGAUGAAAUCCAAACUUCGUUUUAUGACUUUGGAGUUAUCAAGUGGGUUGAUUGGAUUCUAUGACGUUUCGCUAUAUUAUAUAUGUAUAUAAAGACUCGACAUGUACCUAGGAAUGAGCAUGUAAAUAGUAUCAAAUCUGUUGUUGUAUAUUGUUAAAUAUUUCAGAAUAUUUCAGAUCAAUUGUCACACUGUCAAAAUUGUGUUGUUGUUUUGUUGUGAUCAUUUGUUUGUUAGGGUUGAUUUUAUCACAGACUUUGUAUGUUUCUAGUUGUUGUUCUCACCACGUGUUUGUUUGUUGUUUCUUUGUUGCUGCUAUCGGGUUUUUUGUGUAUUUAUUUAUUUUGGAGUUUGCGUGUCUGUUUCUUAGGUUUGUACAUCUGUCAUUGAGUGUUUCUCUAGUGACAAUGUUUGGGUUUUCAUUGAUUUGUUAAUUUUAUUAGUUAAUUUGUUUAUUUGUAACUGUUAUUUUUUAAAAAUUGGGGGGGGGGGGGGGGGCUGACUGCUUUUGUUGCGGUGUCUGUGUUUUGUCGUUUGUAGCUGUUUUUGUUGUUGCAAACUGUGGAUGUUAGUUAGUAAAUGUUGCUGUUGUGACAUGGGUUUGUGUGUUUGUUUGUUUUAAUCUGUUUCAUUCAAAACCGUAGUGCAAUCUGUUCUUUUAUUUGUUCCAUUAUGAAUCAAACUGAAAGCGGUUCGUAAAAAUGUGUGUGUGUAGCAUUGCUCAGGGGUAGGUGUACAUGUGUGUGUGUGUGUGAAUGUGUAGUGAGAGGUACAAUAAAGUAGGUAGGCAUUGCCUUUCCGUGUUGCCCUCCUUAGAAAAACAAAACGCAUCAAAUCCCAUUUUUUCCAAGCCUGCUUGCCCAAACGAUGACGAUAUCAACUUGGUCAAAAGGUAACAAAUACAAAACUUUGCUAAAAACAAAAAAGUUUGUAUUUUUUUUUUACACAAUUUCAGUCAAGGGGAGAUAAUACGGUUUGACUUUCGGGGGCAUCAUGAAAGAAUGAGUUAUGUGCAGACAUUUUUUUUUAAUUAUUUCAAAAGAGGAAAAAAAAUGCAAAUACGUUGCUUAGAGACACCAUAAUUUUAGUUCUGUAUUUUAAGUAAAUAGUUUGUACUAUAAGUAGCUAUAGUCAGUCAUCUACACCAAGACACCCAAUAAAACGAGAAGUAAUACUGAUGACACAUUUUUUUAUAUACUAUGACAUUAUUAUAUGAAUAGACAUACACUCCAUUGAUUUAGAUUCUAUAGUUAGUUUUAGUACUUUAUCAGUUUAGAAUUUUCUGUCUUUAAAUAUAUAUAUAUAUAUCUGAGAAAGAAAGUUACAUAAGCCUCAUGUUAUCAAAGGUACACAACUCGUCAAAUCACAAUAUUUUUUCUGCAUCCUUCACCGAGUGUGAGUUCUAGUUUAAAGGGAGACAAAUGUGUUCAGCGUGCAUAAUACGUAUUUGUAAUAUCAUUGUAAAUAUACUGAUGUAAGUAGUUACUACAACCUUUUUGUAUUUGAACUAAAGUGUUCCCUAGUAGUAUUUACAAACUUUUAUUAUUUCCCUUGAUUACGCUCUUACAUAUAGAAGGGUCGGCAAGCAUUUGCAUUCUUUCAAAUUCUAGAUCUAUAUGAAGGGAGGUAAUCAUGAUAAUGUAUAUAUCUAUAGUGUAGCUUCAAAUUAAAUUACGUUGCUGUUAAUUGGGACAUUAGUUUUCUUUGUUGUUGAUAUUGGGCCUAUUAGUAAUUCCUAAAAGCUGGUAUUUUUAUAGGUAAGAUAAAAUAUGAAUGAGUAUUUUAAACAUAUAAAUAGAAAUCAACACCUAUUUUAUGUACCAAUAAAAAUGAAUCAGAUCGGACUGGAUUAGACCAAUGGUGUUCCAGUCUGCCCUACAGACAGGGUAGUUUAAAUUCCGACACUCGUGUCGCGGGCCACAUCAUCGAAUAGAUACAAAAAAAAAAAGAAAUUGAGAAUAAACCUUUUUAAAUAGUUUUAUUAGAAACCCGUAGCACUAUUUGGGCUACGUACACACGUAUGUCUAUUAUGUAAGAUCAGUUUCAUCUGUUUUAUUAGUGAAACGUUUGUCUACUCUGCAUCGCUCUAGAUUUCUCAAGCAAGGAUGUCUGGCUUUGUAAGGAAAUCAGCUCCAUUUGCAGAUCUGUCGGAACAAUCUUCAGUGGGGAUAGGAGUAGCGGAAUUAUCCAGGAAUCUCAACUGUCAACACUUGUCAUCGAAAAAACAAACGUCGUGUUCAUUUCAAUAAAUAAUAAUAUAAAACUUAGAAUAUACUACAUUAGAAUCAAAUCUAUCCAAGACAAAGUUAGAGUCCUAACGUAAUAACAAAUAUAUUUUUCAAACUUUUUUAAAAAUUGCUUCACUUUGUGUCGAUGUUUAGGCGGGCCGGAUAAAGCCACGUCGCGGGCCGGGUGUGGCCCGCGGGCCGUAGUUUGGGCAUCACUGGAUUAGACAAAUCACAUCAAUACAGAGAUUUACAUACAAAGAAUAAUUAAAAGCUUCUAUGAUGAUAGAAACCACAAUUUUCACUACAUUAAAACGACUCUGUGUCAAUUUCGCUUCCAAUUUCGUCUUCUGACUUAAAUCCAAACUCCCCCCCCCCCCCCCAAUCACCUAUGAUUCGGUUUAAGAAAAGAAACUGAAAACAAAUUUUAAAAAAAAAAAAAAACAUUUUUUAAUAAUUGAAUAGCUAGAGAAAUCUUCAGCUCUUAUGAUCUGUAGCCCCCCCCCCCCCCAGCUGACCUAUAUUGUAGAGCAGAACUUUAUUUUCUUAGACCAGUGUACUUUCAAACCUUGUGUUCAAUACCAAUUAGAUCUAAACUUAAUGUGUUAAGUUUCUUUUAAAGUUGAAUUAAAACUAGGACAGACGCAAAAAUAGAGCGGUGAGAUUUAUAACAAAUGAAUAUUUGAUUACAGCAACAUCAUGAGUAAAAACACUAAAUUUAGAGUUUAGAGAUACCUUGGGACAGACAUAACACUAAUACAUAAAACACCGAACUUGCAAAUACAAAACCUAAUGAAAUACACAAAGAUAAAGGCACGUGUUUUUAUUCCACAUGCUAUGCAGUAUACCCACAAUCGAUCCUUCUUUCCUUAUGCUAUUUAAGCAUGGUACAGGCUUCCUAAAUAAGCCAGGGAGUAAAUAAUGGCUUAGCAGAGUUUCUAAUUAGCACAACUAGAUUUUGACACAAGGAUAUCUUCUCUUUUUAAUGGAAGGUCUGUAAUUGAUAAGAUAAGAUGGGAAUUAAGUAGGUCACACGUGUGUAUAACUAUUGUUAUAGUAAAACGUAUAUUGUAAACCUAAUUUAGCGUACCGUAGUUAUACGUAUUGCCUACUCUAACAUGCCAAUGAAUUGUUUUAUACUAAAAGGUUCAAGUAGACGUUUGCUAAAGAAUCACUUCAGCUUCACAAUGAAGACUUUCGCCUAAACUAAAACAGUUCAAUGUGACAUCAUGUACAUGGUAGACAAGAAUUUGGAUUUGUUUCUCUUUACCAAACAAGUUCUACAUUUUUAUUUUAUCGAAAAUCUAAUUAAUCUUUUGAUGGAUUAAGAAAAAGUCAAAACAUAUUUGCAGAAUUAGAUUUAAGGUAAUCUAGUAAAGAAUAAAAAAGGUCUCUAUUAGGUCGAUAUAGGCCUCUAUUAGGUCUCUAUUAGACCUCUAUCAGCUGUGAAAGUUAAAGAUGCAAGGAAAGUGACAGGCUACAAGAGUCCUAAUCACAGACCUUUUAAAGUCCUUACUUUCGCUUCAACUACCUCAGAAUCUCAAGACCAAAUUGUAAUUACCAAAAGUAGGUCAAAAAAUGUGAAACUUCCCAUUUUGUAGAAAUUGUUUGAAAGUUGUGUUUAUAAUUAUUAUAACCCUCUAUAGAUUUCUAGUCAGAUAUAGACAUAUUAAUUCUGUGUUUCAAUUUGGAUUCGACUUAAGUGAUAUUAUUUCACGUUUUGUGUUGAUUUAAUUGAUAGUGGACAUGUCAAGAACAUUAUUGUAAGCCUUUCAUACUCUCGUCUCACUUGGUGUGAAUCUAGCGUAAGCCUUUUCAAUAGUUUGUACUUUGUAUUGAAAUGUUCUGUUUCUGAAACAGUUGACUCUUGAUAGUCCGACAAUUCGCAAUCCGACACAUUUAGUUAUACGAUGCGGCGCCGACGUAAAUUCGUGUUAUUGACGUAUACUGUGCUAUGUAUAAUUGUAAAGUGGAGGUAGGCUUUGUAAUUUAGUGCAAUAUGUGAAUAAUGAAAUCGUAUUUUUAAUUAGAUCAAUGAAUUGUCUUUUUUGUCUAUUUUUCUAUAUACCUUAGAAAGUCUAAAAGAAUAUCUCAUUAAUUCAUGAAUAGAUUUUUUUUUUUACCUUAGUAUAAUUGAACACUGACCUGCAACGUCGCAACCUCUGGGCCGUUUAGACCAAUAGCCUGUUGCCACGUAACGUCUGUACGACCUGGCAACGAGCUAUUGGUCUCCACUGCCCACAGGUUGUGACGUUGCAGGUCAGUGUUGAGGCCUUUUAUAACGAUUGGUCUCGAUUAAAUUCCAGCUAACCUUUGGUAGUCCGACGUUUUCGGUAAUCCGACAGCCCUACGAUCCCACAACCGUCGGAUUAUCAUGAGUCAACAAUACUAUAUUUCCUGUCUGUUUUGUUUGUUCCUGUAUUAGGUGCUGCGAAUUAUCAAUAUGAAGAUAAAAAGAUAUAGUUUUAAAUUCAAACUCAAAGUUGGGCCGAGGGUCGACAAAGUUCAUAAAAAAAAACCUUGCUCACAGAGCAAUUGGAAAAGGUUUUGUGUAGUCGAAGGGAUGUGUUCCAAGUUCUGCUAACUCAUGUAGUCAACACACGUGUGUGCAAACUAAAUGUUCAUAUUUAUUCUAAAUUUGUCCUCGGAUUUAAGUGUGUACUGUGUUACUGUUGGUUUUUAUAGCCAAGAUUUCUGAUGACAAAAAGUUCGAAUCAAAGAGUGUUAAAGAGCUCAUUCAUUACAUGAACAUCCUCCUCACAAUCAUACACAAUCAUACGCAAUCAAUUUCUAUUUCUUCUUUGUUUGUCCUCCUGUUCCUCUUGUGUGGUUAUCCUUCAGUGUCAGAAUGGUGAAUUGAAUAAAGAUUUCAAAUUGCCACAUUGCACUUUGAUUUUGUUUUAAAUGUUGGAUUUGGUUUGUUUUUGGUUUUUUUUUUAGCGCUGGUCGUUGAUUCAUUUUGUUGAAGCAUUGAGAAACGUGUACCGAUUAUUCUGUGAAUGUUUAGAACAAAAAAUGACAUUGGAUUUAAAUCAGCUUUGAUACUUUAGUCACUUUCUAAGCUACAGGAAGGACUAUUUAAAACAAAAUGGAUGUUCAGAAAAAAAAAAAGUUCAAUCCUAUAUUUUACAUAAUUUACAAAAAUGUAUUUGUCUUUGAUUUUGUGUGUUUCAAUUUAUUUUUCAUGUUACUUGAAAUAAAACUAAUUAUGUGUC